AUGAAUCAGUGUGUUCAUAUACUUUUCUUACUUGUCGUGCUAAUCCUUGUGACUACAACUGCCACCAACCAAUUGGUUGCAGUGGGAGGAGGAGGAGGAGAUGGUAAUGGUGUUAUGAAAAAGUGUUUGGAUAACGAGAGAGAUGCUCUUCUUGUUUUCAAAGCUCCCCUCCAAGAUCCCUUUGGUUGUCUCUAUACGUGGAGAGCUGAAGAAGAUGACUGCUGUAAGUGGAAAGGAGUCACGUGCAACAACAAAACAGGUUAUGUCACAGGGCUUAAUAUUAGCUUAUGUCUCCUUGAAGGUGAGAUUAGCCAUUCAUUGGUUAACUUAAGCUACUUGAAUCAUCUUGAUCUUCCCGCCAAUUUUUUUAAUGGAACCAUUCACAGGUCCAUUGGUUCCAUGACCCAAUUAAGGUACCUUGACCUUUCUGCUAACUCUUUUUAUGGAACCAUUCCUCCAGAGUUUGGCAACCUCACCAACUUGCAAGUGCUUUACCUUUCAUAUGUUGGAAGUUGCAGAGUUGAAAACCUCGAGUGGUUGUCUCGUCUCUCUCAGUUGGAGGCACUUGCUUUGGAUGGGAUUUCCCUAGCCAAACAAAAUCACUGGGUAGAUGUCAUUCUGAGUCUCCAGAAACUCUCAGAUUUAUCUUUAGGUGGAUGUGAGCUGUCACAGGUCAUGUAUCCAUAUUCUUCUUCAUUUCUCAACUCUUCUUCUUCUUCAUCUAUUGAAGGCCUUUAUCUUGGAAACAACAGUCUCACCUCAUCCAUGUAUCAUUGGUUGUUCCCAUUAACCAGCAAUAAGCUCCGAUACCUUUAUCUCUCUAACAACAUGUUAGAUGGGAUACCCAAAUAUAUUGGUAACCUCUGUAGUUUGGAACGUUUGUACUUCUUUAACAACUCUGCAAUGAUGGAAUUUUCUGUUUUUCUGAGCAACUUGUCUGGAUGCACAUCGCUUUCAUUACAAUACUUGCAUGCUUCUCAAAACCAAUUUACAGGGCCACUAUCCGAUGAUAUCCAAACACUCACAAAUCUUACCAAUCUUGAUAUUUCCAAUAAUAGAAUUUCAGACACCAUUCCCAUGGAUUUGUGGUCCAUGUGGCCUUCUCAAUUAACAUAUCUGAAUCUCUCUUCCAACAACAUCAGCGGGAAUGCACCAGAUUUAUCAUCACAUUUUGACAGCAAUUCAGUAAUAGAUCUGAGUUCCAAUAACUUUUAUGGUCCAAUGUCAAAUGUUUCUUCCACUGUAGCAUCGUUAGAUCUUUCCAGAAAUAAAUUCUCUGGAGGAAUCUCAUUUAUAUGCCAAAUUGUCGAUGGGUUGUUACAAUUUCUUGACCUCUCUGGUAACUUCCUAAGUGGACCACUUCCAAACUGUUUGUGGCAUUUUAAACGACUAGUAGUUCUUAAACUAGAAGACAACAAUCUAUCUGGAAGGCUUCCUCCCUCAAUUGGAUAUUUGAGAGAACUUGAGGUGCUGGAUUUAUACAAGAACAACUUUUCUGGAGAAUUGCCAUUAUCCUUGAAGAAUUGCACGAGUUUAAACUUGAUGAAUUUGGGGGCCAACAAGUUUUCUGGUAAUGUGCCUGUUUGGAUUGGGGAAAACUUAUGGGGGUUGUAUGUUCUUAUCCUAAGAUCAAACAGCUUCUUUGGAACAAUUCCAUUGCAGUUAUGUCAAUUACCAUAUCUUCAAAUUCUAGACAUGUCAAAGAACCAUCUCAAUGGAACCAUCCCCUCAUGUUUGAGUAAUCUUACAAGCAUGGUUCAAAGAGGAUACCCUCAAAAUUUGCAUUUCAUGGAGACAAGCGAUCAUCAUGUUCUAAAUGCAUAUGUUGACCAUGCAAUGAUCGAGUGA